AUGCCGGAGACGAAUGUGUGGAUGUACUAUAAUGACACAAACAAUACUCACAUCUCAAAAACCGAGCGCCGCAUCGCCAUUGAUGUGAUCAAAUUGGAAAACGGUACUCUGAAACUGUUUUAUGGCACAGAUCCAGAUGAAAAGGGAUUUUGCAUAAAUCCGGAAAUCGAAUCAAAAAGCAUCGACGUCAACACGACCCUUUCCAAUGUGCAAGAGGUUAAGCUUCAAUGUCACAUUAUGUCCAAAUGGGAGAAAUACAAGAGAUGCUUCGUGAAGAUUCAUUUUGUUCGAAUGAAACUUGAAAUCGAGCUGUUGAAGAACCCGGCCGUUUAUCAUGAAGGAGAGAAAAUCGAGGCCAUUCUCGUCGUUCAGUCAAUUUGUAUCAAAGAAAACUCUCAUGGGUCUCUUUCCAUUCCAUUUCUCUUCCCCAAAAAUCAAAGUGUUCUCAAG